UUAUCUGAAUCGAUCAUUCUACGNGAANCCUUUCGCGGUCGNGAUCCCGAUUGACCAGCNCUUUCAUCCGGCUCAUUGCAUCCUGGCGCUGAGACGGUACUGGCAGGCGAGAGAGACGGGAAGGCAUGUGUGCCCCCGAGAUCUGGAUUACAAGCAUGUCAAACACUGUUUGGAUUCGCUGGAUGCUUUUGCUUUCGUGGAGGGGCCGCGGGGGACGACGCCCGAAGUUCCCGCCGUGGAUCAGACCACGAUGCCUUGGCUGGUAAAUGCGUGUUUUUAA